AUUAAGAAAUGGAAACUGAAAGCAUAGAGCAGAAAUCCAAAUGCAAAUAAUAUGCAUGCAAACAUCUCAUCUCAUAUCCACACUCAACCGUAGCUGCAAAACCAUCGCACACAUCCACCAAGUCCACGCUCAGGCCAUCACCAGAGGCCUCUUCUCUCUCCACCCCUCUCUUCUUCUCUCUCACAUCCUCCAUUCCUUCACCUCUUCACUCCGACAACACUCCACUACCACCAAUCAUGACCACACCAUUUACUUCACCAGGAUUUUCACUCUCAUCCCAAACCCCUCAGCUUUCAACUACAACACCAUCAUCCGAGCACACACCGCCCUCCGCUCUUCCCUCGCCGCCUUAAAUUUCUUCCUCCAAAUGCGCCGGACACCCGUCGCGCCCGAUUUCCACACUUUCCCCUUCGUACUCAAAGCUUGCGGGGCUCUGCAAAACUCGCUUCCGCUUGCGAGGGCUCUCCACGCUCAAAUCGUGAAAUUAGGGUUUUUGAUUGAUGUGUUCGUGCGCAAUUCGAUAUCUUCCGCAUACUGCAGGUUUGGCGAUGUUGAUGGGGCGAAAGGGGUUUUUGAAGGAAGCUUGUUGAGGGAUGUCGUGAGUUACAAUGUGAUGAUUGAUGGGUUUGUUAAGGCUGGUGAUAUUGAUCUUGCUCGGGAACUGUUCGACGAAAUGCCUGAACGAAAUGCCGUUUCUUGGGGUACCCUUUUGGCUGGCUAUGCGAAGCUGGACCUGCCCGCUGAGGCUAUUGAAUUGUUUGACAGUAUGAUUGAUUUGCAGGUGCGAUUCGACAACGUUGCUCUGGUUUCGGUGCUCUCUGCCUGCUCCCAGCUCGGAAAGAUGGAGAAAGGUAAAGAGAUACACAAAUACAUAGAGAGAAAUGGGAUUGAGCUGGACGCCUAUAUAGGAACCGCGUUGGUUGAUCUCUACGCAAAAUGCGGGCUGGUUGAAACGGCUAAGGAGGUUUUCGCUUCGUGUCGCGAGCAGAAUGUUGCUCUGUGGAAUGCGAUGCUCAUGGGAUUCGCCAUUCAUGGCGAUGGCUCAUCACUUCUCCGUUAUUUUACAAGAAUGGUAGAAGACGGGAUGAAGCCGGAUGGGGUGACGAUUCUGGGCGUUCUGGUUGGAUGCAGCCACUCGGGGAUGAUCAGCGAGGCUAAGAGUAUUUUCGCAAAGAUGGAGAGCGCGUAUGGCGUUCCAAGAGAGCUGAAGCACUACGGAUGCAUGGCGGAUCUUCUGGCGCGCGCAGGGAUGAUAAGAGAGGCUGUGGAGAUGAUAAGGGGGAUGCCGAUGGGAGGGGACGUGUUCGUGUGGGGAGGGCUGCUGGGAGGGUGCAAGAUACACGGAGACGUGGAGGUGGCUGAGGAGGCUGCGAAGCAUGUGAUGAGGGUGAAGCCGGAAGAUGGCUCGGUGUACUCUGUUUUGGCGCACAUGUACGCGAAUUCGGGGCGUUGGGACGACGUGGUGAACGUGCGGAGGUUAAGAGAGAGGAGAUGGGGGAUCAGGAAGAGCGCUGGGUGGAGCUUGAUCGAGCUGGAUGGGAUGGAGCAUGAAUUUGUUUCUGGGGAUUGCUUGCAUCCCUGCACCGAGGAGAUAUACUUGGUUUUGAAUGGUUUGCAGCUGCAUCACUACGAACAACUCUGAGAGAAACAUUUAGUUGGUGUGAUUGAUGAUUUUGUGUCAGGACUCGGGACAAAUGUUGAUAACUCCCAUGUUUUCGUUAACGAGGUAACUAUUGCAUUGCCAAAUGGAGAUAGAAAGCAUUUACAUAAUUACAUAAAUCAAAGGCAUGCUCUGACAGGAUGAUACGAGUCUUAUACUAUUAUUAUUUAGUU